AUGUCGCAGAGGGAGAAGCCAGACGGUGCGGCGUCCCCGCUGGUUGCGGUCGCCAUCGACAAGGACAAGAACAGCCAGAGUGCUUUCAAAUGGGCUCUGGACAACGUCGUCACCAAAGGCCAGACCCUCACCCUCGUCCAUGUCAACACCAAGCCCUCAUCGGGUUACGAAGAUGACGCUGCCGCUGUUGCCAACACGAUCAGGGAAAUAUUCGUCCCGUUUCGAUGUUUCUGCACCCGAAAGAAUGUACAAUGCAAAGAUGUGGUGCUCGAAGACACUGAUGUUGCCAAAGCGAUCACAGAGUUCGUCACCAACGCCGCGGUCGAAAAGCUUGUGAUUGGAUCAUCAUCAAGAAGCGGAUUCGUUAGAUCAUUCAGGAGCACAGACCUCAGUACCACCAUCUGCAAAGGUGUGCCAGAUUUCUGCAGUGUCUACAUCAUCUCCAAGGGGAAGGUCUCCUCGAUGAGGAACGCCGUCCGGCCACCUCCGCCUGUCUCUCUUCUCCGGAAUCAAAUCCAAGGCCAAGCAAGUGUUAAACCCGAUACAUUAAGCCAGAACGCCAAGAAUGGCACGAGAGGUCCGGUGCCGAGUGAUGCUGCAUUGACUCCGUGGAAUCUGCAGAAAGAUAAUGAAUCGAUAAAGUAA